AUGUUUUCCUCCGUCACACGACGCGCGAACUGGGCCCUUCGCCACGGCUCGAGAACAUGGACCUACGGCCGACGCGGAUUCAAGACGGUCCUCCUCCCAGCGCGCCACGAAGUUCCGCCUCUUCAUCGUACCUCGCAGGGGGCGCGUCUCUACUCGUCAACGCCGCGAGCUGAAGGAGCUGCUGAAGACAGCAUCCAGCGCGAUGCUGCGGCCGACCAGUGGCUUCAAGCACUCGAGACGGCGGCAAAUGCGCAGUGGCUGGACGUGCUUCCCGCCGAUCCAGCUGACAGACUAAGGCGGGCGUAUGCUCUCCUCAUGCAGGUAAUCCUGUACCUUCACCGCCCGCAGAAUGAGAUUGAGCAGUCCCUCGUAGAUUUCAUGCAAGCUGAAGCAGAGGCAGGCUCUCAGAUCUAUCGGGCACGGCAAGCAACAAUCACCCUAGCCCGUGCAGUCAUUCGAGAUAUAGCAUCAAUACCCUCUACGCAACCUUUACACGUUGAUCAUCCGCAAAUAUUUGCACUCUUGGGAGCCCUGAUCCCACUUCAUGACUUGUAUCUGGCUGGUCAUAAUCCCAAGGACGGCAAAUCGCUUGACUUGCAAGAGUGGACUGCAUUUUGGGAGAGGGCGCAACCGAUACUCCUCGACCUAGCUUCCAAGUUGGAUGAGCAAGGGUUUGGGCUGGACAAAGAGGAGUGGGAGAAAAAGGACGCCGAGCGAAAUACGUAG